AUGGAUAAAUUUAUUUUGGAAAAAGGAUUAAAAUGGAUUCCUUAUAAUAAAUUUAAAAAUGUUGAAUAUCUUAAUAAAGGAGGAUUUGGUACCAUAUACAAAGCUAUUUGGUUAAAGAAUGAUAAAGAAUGGGAAUGUCAUGAAAGUUGUUUAGAUUCAUCUGAAAUUAUUUAUUUUUAUGGAUUUACAAAAAAUCCAGAUACUUUAAAAUAUAUGGCAGUAAUGUAUUAUGCAAACAAAGGUAAUUUAAGAGAAAACUUAACAAGAAUAGUUGAAAGUGCUUGGGAUCAAAAAUUAUAUAUGUUGUAUGGAAUUAUUUCUGGACUUAAUGUGAUACAUAAGCAAAAUCUUAUUCAUUGUGAUUUUCAUGAUGGCAAUAUUUUAAAUCAUAAUUAUUAUGAAAAAGAUGAAAAGAAUAGAGCAUAUAAAAUUUAUGUUAGUGAUUUAGGAUUAUGUCAACCUGUAAAAUCAUUUUUAAAAGAGUAUAAGAUUUUUGGUGUUGUACCAUUUAUGGCACCUGAAGUUUUAAGAGGCAAAUCUUAUACUUCAGCUAGUGAUAUAUACAGUUUUUCUAUGAUUAUGUGGGAAUUUACAUCUGGAAUACCACCAUUUAACAAUAGAGCACAUGAUAUUCAACUUAGUUUAAGUAUUUGUAAAGGUGAACGUCCUGAAAUUAUUGAAAAUACUCCACAAUGUUAUGUAGAUUUAAUGAAAAAAUGUUGGGAUGAAGAUCCAUUAAAAAGGCCAUCUUCUGAGGAAGUUUUAGAAAUUAUUAAAAAAUGGAUUUAUCUUCCUUAUGGCAAGGAAAUUAAAGAUAUUGAUGAAGUAUUAAAACGCAAUGCUAUGGAAUUUAUAAAUGCACCAAUUGAACAUAAUAAUCUUGUUACUGAAUCUCAUCCACAGGCUUGUUAUACAAGUCGCUUGCUUAAUUUUACUAGUAAAAAAUUGAAUGAAAUUCUUGAAAGUGAAAUGCUGGUAAGUGAAGAUUUGAAUGAUUAUAUGAUUAAAGAUUUGAAAUUGUUAGGUAAGUAAGUAAUAUAAUAUUAAAUUUUUAAAUGAUAUUUGAUAUCAUGUACUCAACAAAAAUUGUUUUUUAUUUAUUUUAUUCUUUUUUUGAUUUAUUUAAACACUAA